UUCUACUGGUAUUAGAAAUAGUUGAUUAAUAUUGAGAUUACAGUAGAGGCACAUUGAGAUAGAAAUAUAAUUUAAGACAUAAUUUGAGAGACAUUUGUAGCACAWUAAGUAAACAUAAUAUUUUGACUAGUGACAUUUGACWAGUGACAGUUGCUUGUUGUAUAGUUGAAUUGAUGGCAAUUACAUUUUAAAUCAAUCUCAAAUUAAAUGAAUUAAAUUCRAAAUGAAUUUUGUAUUUGCACAACACGAUACUUAUUGUAUGACCUCGUGAUAAAUCUCGUCAAUAGCUCCGCCCCAAAUAGGAAGUCAUGCACAACCAUUGUUCAACCAGGGAAAAGGUAAACGUGGAGGAUACGAAUAGAUUAAGAUAAAGUCUAAACACUUGUUUUAUAAACAAAGCUAAAUAUUUACUAGCAUAUGACAAUGGAGAAUGCUGCCCACCUUCAAAGUCAGCUAACCUCUCUCAUGAACGCGGUAAUGAGGGCAGCGGUCGUGGAAAUAGUCCGACUUGUAGAUGGCAGCGCCGUGGCCCUUCGCGAAGAGUUGUCCAAGAGUAAACGGGAGAACGAAGCACUGAAAGCCGAGAACGAGUCGAAUAAAAAUAAGAUGCAAAAUUUGGAAGCAAAACUAGCUGCGGAGCAGCGUUCUGUCGGUUGUCAUGUAGCCGAAGCUGGUGGCGAUCAAUUUUUCCAAACAAAGGAAGAUGUUAAGGCUUGUGCAGAGAAGACCCGUGCAAGGCUGCAAUCUUUGGAGCCAGCAGGCCAAUCCGAGGCUACAGCUUUCAAUAAAGGGGAAGGCCUAAAAGUUGUUGCCAUGGAGAAGGAUGGAAUAAAAGUACUUCGCAUCAAGAAGGAAAUAAAUGAAGGCACAGAACAUGACACACCAUGUCCAAUGACAGGUGAGCAGCCGUGUCCCAAAGUGGACAUGGUGUAUGGCAAGGAGUGGAGCCAAAGCCUGUGGCGAGACGGAAAAGAAAUAGGAGACCAUAGCGACAGAACAGGGGAGAAAGAAACUCCAGGACCAUCAAUGACCAAGCAUCAGAUUGCAACUGGUAGCAACAAGAAGAAGCGCUGCGAUGUGUGUGGACCCAAGAAGGACMGGAAGACACAUUUGUGA